GUAAUAUUGAUUUCGAAAAUAUAAAGGAUGCUAAUGUUGAAAAGAUGAAAAUAGACACUGAUAUUGAAAAUAUGCAAAUGAAUUCUAAAAUAUUACAUAUUCAAACAAGUCAUGAGAAAUUUAACAUUAAUGAAAAACGUCCUCAUGAGGAAGAUGAUAGUAUAGAAAAAGGGGUCAAAAGAAUUUGUUAA